GAUUCCUCCCUUCCCUCUCCCUCCCCAGAGCUGACAAGCAAUUACACUGGGUUAUACAUGUAUCAUUGUUCAAAACGUAUUUCUGGUCUGAGGACAUGGAUGAUAGUAAGGUAAUUGGAGGCAAAGUAAAAAAACCAGGUAAGUGUGGUCGAAAGCCAGCCAAAAUUGACUUGAAGGCAAAGCUUGAGAGAAGCCGGCAGAGUGCAAGACAAUGUAGGGCCAGAAAGAAUCUGCAAUAUCAGUUUUUGGAAGAAUUGGUGUCUAGUCAGGAGAGAGCUAUCUGUGGUCUCAGAGAAGAGCUGGAAAUGUACAAGCAGUGGUGCAUGGCAAUGAAUCAAGGAAAGAUCCCCUCUGAAAUAAAAGCUUUCCUAACUGGAGAGGAGCAGAGCAAAUCCCAGCAGAACUUAAGCAGACAUACCAAGUCUGUGAAGACAGAGGCUAAUAUAAUAACUCUUGGUGAAGCUGCCUACUCUGGAAGUGCUAUUGUCCUGGGGGCCAAAAUUGUUCGUUUUGUGGUUACUGAAAAAGGUGCAGAAAAACACACCAUGUUUGCUGUGGGGAGCCAGAGAGAGUUUGUUCCCAUCGGUGAUGUUUUUAUCCUGCAUGUACACCAUCCAUCCCGGAGAAGCCAGUAUCUGACUGGAUUACAGCACAGCCUGGCCACUGAUGGAAUCUCUUCCCUGACUGAAGUCUGUUCUUCUGAAGGUGACAGUGAACUCGUGGAGCCCACCCUUGACUUGGAGGGUUUUGUUCCUGUGGCUGCGUCUGACAGCAUCAGACAGGUGGGAGAGUGA